ACACUGUGUUCUGUCUGCAGUAAGAAGGCCUGUAAGUACUUCGAUCAGGGUCGCGGCUCGUGUCCGUUCGGAGGGAAAUGUUUGUAUCUUCACGCCUUCCCGGACGGGACCCGAGCGGAACCGGACCGGCCGCGGAAACAGCUGAGCUCCGAGGGGAACGUCCGGUUCAUGAACAGCGUCCGUCUGUGGGACUUCAUCGAGGAGCGCGAGCAGCGGCCGACCCCGCCCCUGCCGUCCAUCGAUGAUGACAUCACGGAGCUCAGGGAGCUCUUCAUGCAGAUGUCGGGCCCGAGCCACGACGGGCCGGAGACCCCGCCCGCCGCCGACGCAUAGAGAGAGGCCUGAUCGGACCGCGUCCUCCGGUCUCCAUGGCAACCGGCGAUGUCUGUGGACCAGUCAUUGAAAUAUUAAAUCAUGUGAUCAAUCUACAGCUCUCCACUGUGUCUCAGUCUGGAAAAAUAAUUCCAUUGUGUCCAUUAGUUGGAAAAUUGAUCAUCAAUAUAUUGUUGACAUUUUAUUUAUUGUGUACAUAAGAAAAUACAGACAGUGUGACGUCA